AUAACUGAAAAGCGCAGCCGUUUUUGCAUUCUUAUAAAAUUACUUUUUUAGCUUGGUUCAGUUAUAACUUGAUUUGCAAUUAUAAAUCUUUAAUCCAACAACAUGGGAGUCAAUCUUGGACAAGUUUUCCCAAAUAUCGACUGCAAAACAACCAAAGGAGAUUACAAACUGCAUGACUUCAUCAAUGAAUCUUGGUCCAUCUUAUUUUCCCACCCUGCUGACUACACCCCUGUCUGUACAACUGAAUUGGGUACAGCAGCUCAACUAAAGCCAGAAUUUGAUGCCAGAGGUGUCAAAAUGAUUGGUCUCUCAAUCGACUCUGUGGAUUCUCACAAUGGCUGGAUUAAGGACAUUCAAUCUUACGCUGGAUUGCAAGGAGAAUUCCCGUAUCCAAUCAUUGCAGGCACCCGGCAAACUGCAGCGGAUCUUGGUAUGUUGGACCCAGACGAGGUUGAUGCAUCUGGCAUGGCACUCACUGCUCGCUGUGUGUUCAUCAUUGGACCUGAUAAGAAGCUGAAGUUGUCUUUACUCUACCCUGCUACCACUGGCAGAAAUUUCAAUGAAAUUAUUCGUGUGAUUGAUUCCCUUCAACUCACUGCAACUAAGAAGGUGGCCACUCCAGCCAACUGGAAGAGCGGUGAAGAUUGCAUGGUUGUUCCAUCGUUAAGUGAUGCACAAGCAACUGAGCUCUUUCCGAAAGGAUUUAAAGUCACUGAAGUUCCAUCCAAGAAAAGUUACAUUCGUUUGACACCAGACCCUUCAAAAUAAAGUCACAUUCGGAACCUGUACAGACACCUAAACAUUCCUUUUGAGACAAUUAGAAUUGUAUCCAUACUUACCAGCUUGCCUUGUAAUCAAAUGUACCUAUUGCUCAACUUGUGUUUAUGCAAUUCUAGAUUGUAAAGUAAUUAAUUGAUGUAAUCAUGUCAAACUAAUUAAUACAUAAUAUGAAGUUCAUGCC